CUCCUCUGUCUUUUUUUUUUUUUUUUCUUUUCCAUCUGUAAACUGCCUUCAUGAGGUAACAGCAGGCUUUCUGAGAAACAGUCCCCUCCCUCCCAAAGCGCACCAAGACCACCCUCCCCUCCCCUUCCCUUCCUUAUCCUAUUUCUUCCCUGCCUGUUUGUCAUCCCCUUACACCCCCUCCCCAAAAUUUGACAUUACGUUUCUCUGCAACAAGUCAGAAAUGGGGCAGAAAAUCUCAGGGAGCAUCAAGACUGUAGAUGUAAGGGAAUCUGCUUUCCGACCAGUCAAGCGAGAGCUGCGUGGUCCAGACUUCUGCAAGCCAGCCCGGUUAGAUAUGCUCUUGGAUAUGCCUCCAGUGUGUCUUGAGGUGCAGCUUAAGCAUGCUUGGAAUAAUGAAGACCGCUCCCUCAAUAUUUUUGUUAAAGAAGAUGAUAAAUUGACUUUCCAUAGGCACCCAGUAGCUCAGAGCACUGACUGUAUACGUGGUAAAGUGGGCUACACCAGGGGCUUGCACGUGUGGCAGAUUCACUGGCCUACAAGACAGAGGGGGACACAUGCAGUUGUUGGAGUCUCAACAUCCGAUGCACCCUUACACUCUGUGGGAUAUACUUCUUUGGUUGGGAGCAACUGUGAGUCAUGGGGCUGGGACCUGGGACGCAAUAAACUUUACUACAACAGCAAAAACCAACCUGGAACUACCUAUCCUGUGUUUCUGGAACCAGAUGAGUCCUUUGUCCUGCCAGACACACUCCUGGUUGUAUUGGAUAUGGAUGAGGGAACGCUAAGUUUUAUAGUAGACGGCCAAUAUCUUGGAGUUGCCUUUAGAGGUCUCAAGGGGAAAAAACUUUAUCCAAUAGUCAGUGCUGUUUGGGGGCACUGUGAAAUUACAAUGAGAUAUAUCAAUGGACUGGAUCCGGAACCCCUUCCAUUAAUGGAUUUGUGUCGAAGAUCAAUUCGCCUCGCUCUUGGCAGAGAUCGCCUACAAGAAAUAGAAUCACUACCCUUGCCACUUUCUUUGAAAAAUUACUUGCAGUACCAGUAAACAACAUCCUUUGACAAAAAUCAAUGCAAAUCAUGAAAGCUGAUGUUUACACUGAAAUGGGUUUCUUUACAGAAAGUUUUUUCUUUAGGUUUUAUCCUCAGACUUCUCAUACUGUUCUAACUUGACAUGGGCAGAACUUGGCAGAACUGAUUGGAACGUCUAGAAACAUACAUGCUGACAAGGUUUACUGGAAGAUGUAUAGUAAGCAAUGAAUUUCACAUAUCACUGUGUCUGUAUGUUCUUUCAAAGAUUUAAUUAAAAACCUGCUAGACCAAAGUACUCUAUAUCAAAAGAUCUUCUGAUACCGUUUAAUUCUUGAACCUGUUGGCCUGAUUGGCCAAAUGUUUAAACACUAUAAUACAUUUUUUCAAAUAUUCUAGUGUUUAUUAAUGAAACUACUUGUAUUUAAACACUAGAGCGACUGGUUCCUUAAGUUCUGCAUCAGGUUAUGUCUUGAAAUAUGCUGGUGACACUUUCAUUUUAAUCAAAUCUUAAGUCCCAUUUUUAUUUAUAUAAUAUAUAUUUUAUUUUGUACCUCUUAUGAGCACCAUCUGUUUUAUUAUAUGUAUAAUUGAUGUAAUGUAUUUAUCUGCCUCAUUUUUUUCAUUCCUCUAAUCGGACUACUUUAAUUAUGAGGCUGUUAAAUUUUCAACUGAUUCUAAACAAUUACUUUUUAUAAUGCUGCUUUUUUGUUUUUUUUUGUUUUGUUUUUUUUCUAUGUUUGAAAAUCCCUGCCUCAUUUGUGUGACUAGAAAUGUUGGAAUGGCAGGAAGCUGAAUGUAUGGAGAGUUUUGCCUUUAGUUUUGCCUUUAUUUUAAUGUGAAUAAAACAAAUGAGUAAAGAUAAUG